AUGUCGCUCUCGUCUCUCAGUUCGCUGGCCCAAACAUGCAACCACCUCCGCAACAUCCUCCAGCCGGAGCUCGACGCUGCGCUGACGCCUGAGGUCGCCAGAGAGGUGCUGCUCAGUGCUUCCAGGGCCGGAAAGGUCGAGGCCGUCGCAAAACUCCUCGCCCCACCAUACUACACCAACCCGAAUAGAUAUCCCCGCGGCUGGUGCACGCCGCUCCAUGCUGCGGCAGAGGGCGGGCACGUGGCCGUCGUGAUGCUUCUGCUCGCUGCGAAGGCGGACGUGACGCGUACAUGCUACGACGAAAUGCAGCCUUGGCACCUUGCGGUCCUCAAUGGCCAUGUGACCGUAGCAAGACUGUUCCUCGACCGUGGAGCGGAUCCAAAUAUGUCCUAUGGCGAGUGGGCCAGGCGAUCCUUCUGUGAUGCCGCUCACAAAGGAACCAUCGCGAUGGUCGAGACUCUGCUCGAAUAUAAUGCAGAUCUAGAACAACGCGAUGUACAUGGGACCCCGCUGGGCCAUGCGGUGGACAGACGUGAUUUGGGGAUGAUUGCGUAUUUGUUGGGGCGGGGGGCGGAGGUGGAUGCGGAAAUGCCGCUCUAUCCUGGGGCAAUGUGUGGUGGCACCUUGGCGGCGCCGUUUGAUGCGACACCACUGUACGUUGUGUUGGCGUUGAAGCAUCCGAAUGGAGACGGGGAAAAGAGAGGCAUGAGGGCGAGGAGAGCACCAGAAGAGGGAAGGGAAGAAAUUAUGCGAUUGUUGUUGAUGUAUGGAGCGGAUAAGGGACGAGCGAUGGCGACGGUGAAGGAGUAUUUGACUCAGUUGGCAGAUGCAGAAGGUAUUUCGGAGGAAGCGUUAUUAGAGAAGGUUAACGGUAUAUUUGCCAGUGUAGAGCAGUCCAAGUAA